AUGUCUGAGAACUUCAGUGAGAACUUCAUUGUGGAAUGCCUGGCUCUCCUGGACCUGGGCGUAUCGCCAUAUGCAGGGGAUGUGUUCCAUGAGACUCCCCUCAUUAUAUACUUCUUUCACUUUGUUAUUGAUUAUACAGAGAUUGUGUUUAUGAUUCGUUCAAGCUCUGUCAGCCUCUCCAUGCCAGAUCUCACCCCCAACAUAGGCCUCUUCUGGUACUUCUUUGCCGAGAUGUUUGAGCACUUCCGCCUCUUCUUCAUCUGUGUCUUUCAGAUCAAUGUGUUCUUCUACACAAUUCCACUCUCCAUCAAGCUAAAGGAGCACCCAGUCUUUCUGAUCUUCAUGCAGAUCGCCAUCAUCUCCAUCUUCAAGUCCUACCCCACCGUGGGCGACAUCGCCCUCUAUAUGGCUUUUCUGCCGGCCUGGAACCACCUCUACAGAUUCCUGAAGAAUAUCUUCCUGGUGCUGGUUGUGUUGUUGGCGUGCUCCGCGCUGUUCCCCGUCCUCUGGCACCUCUGGAUCUACGCGGGUAGUGCCAACUCCAACUUCUACUAUUCCAUCAUGCUGCUCUUCAACGUGGCACAGAUCUUGGUGGUGUCGGACUACUUCUACGUGUACCUGCGGCGAGAGCAUCACCUAACCCACGGCCAGUACCUGAAGAGGAGAGACGGUAGCGAGGCCACUCUGGUUCUCAAGUAGUGGACGACACAUACUCAUACACACACACACACACACACAGGCAGGGAUGGGACCGCUGCAUGACUGAAAGUGACUCUGAACAUUACCCCACACUUCGAGUUCUUAUUUCUGAGGUCUUAAACAAACAGCCCAACCAACCCCUUGUCCCCACAUAGACCAGCCUUGGUGUUUCUGAAGGUCCCACUGGAGCAAACCUGAAGAAAUGAAGGAAGGAGCAGACAUGGAGGUUAAGUGGCUGCGGUGAAAGAUGUGCUACCUUUUGUCUGUUCUGUCGCUCCAAUAUAUUUUGGCAUGUAGGUGAUUGGGU